AUGAACAGUCUCUCUGUUAUCUGUUUCGUUGUUGUAUUUUUUAGGCUAUCUCAAGCUACCAAUGUUUCCAAGAACUAUAACGCAAAACCGGAAUUUGAUAACAAGAAGUCAGAUAAUGAACUUUUAGGAGAAUAUACUGCUCGCUCUUUGUGUGAGUGUUCUGCUUUGUGUCAGAAUGAAUGUGGAUUCUAUGGUUACAAUCCUAAGAUAAAGAAGUGUCGUGUCCACAAGAGGAAGUUUACGUCUGGACUGUCAGAUGAGGUCGGGUGGAGAUAUUAUAGUUCUCUGCCUAUAGAUUGUAAAGACCUACAUGAAAGUCGUCACAAUGCUUCAGGUGUGUAUGAAAUCUAUCCCCUUGGAACCAUUACCAGCCCCCUAAGAGUUUUCUGUGACAUGGAAACAGAAGACGGGGGAUGGACAGCAAUUCAAAAAAGGGUAGAUGGAUCCCUGAGCUUUUACCAGAACUGGGACGAAUAUAAAAAUGGGUUUGGUUCACCGGAGCAGAAUAUCUGGAUUGGAAAUGACGUUAUCCAUCAGUUAACAAGGGGAAAGAACUCCUUCUUAUAUGUUACCAUCACACUAAAGAAUGGCACCAGGUUUUAUGAAAUGUACAGCCAAUUCUCCGUUUCCAGUGAAGCAGACAAGUACAAGCUCUAUCUUUCGGGGAAUGCCACAGGAACAUUAGAAUAA